GUUACGAAAACAGCCAUUGGCAUUUAAACAAAAAUACGAAAAGUUAGUUUGUAUGUACUGUGUUUCUUGUGUUUAAUUUUCAUUUUGCAAUGGAUUCUGAAGUGGUAAGAGGCAAACCUCUGUCUAAAGAUGAAACGAAAGCGUUAAUAGAAUUGAUAGAGAAUAGCAGAAUAAUAACCACCAAGACGACCAACGCCACCAACAACAGCUUAAAAAAAAAAGAGUGGCAUUGUAUAGCGGAGCGAUUUAACGCAAACACAGCUACUUGUCAUCGUACACCGCAACAACUAAGGUUGAAGUGGGAAAAUUUAAAGAAGAACUGUCGCAAAUACAAUACCAAGAUAAGGAUGAAUCGCAUUAAGACUGGUGGUGGCGUUGCUGAAUAUAUACCUCCAGACGAAAUAUUGGACAGAGUGGGUUCAUUAUUAGGAAGCACAGUCAGUGGAUUCGUAGUGCCAUUUGGGGGUGAUAGGGAACCAGAAAUGGUAAUUGCUGGUUGUAGUGACUGUGCUAACAUUGACUCCUCUUGUGAAGAUGCCAGGGUUUUAAACGUGGAAAUUAAAAAUAACUCGACCCCACCAGUGUCUUUGGCCAAAUCUGUUGUGUUGGACUGUGAGUUGAAUGACAAUAGUGAGGUUGUGUUGGCUCCAGACGAACCUCACCAUGUCACAUUUACUACACCUAGAAGAGGUAAAAAUAAUUUUUAA